UUUCAAUCCCAAAUCCCACCUAUCAAACAUGGUAGUUUGUGAUAUUUGAGAUUUAAAUUCCCAUUCUCAUCCCCAAUUUGCACAUGCCAAACACUCCCUUAAUGGAGGCUUAUCAAACUCAAUUAAGGGUGAUUAUCCUCAUCCUGAUAUUUGGAACGUCUACAAAAUUAUCUGCUGCUGCUGCUGCGUAUACAAAUCAUACGGUUGGAGAUGCAGAUGGAUGGUUGUUCAAUGCUAAAACUAAUUCUCCAUCUACUAAUUACUCUCUUUGGGCUGCUUCUCAAAAAUCUUUCAAUCUUGGAGAUUUUCUUAUUUUCAAUACCAACACUAAUCAAACAGUGAUCCAAACAUACAACUCCACCACCUACAAUAACUGCACUGCUGAUUUCGCCUCCGACAACGACACCCUCAUCUUCAACUCCGGCGCCACCACCUUCAACCAGCCAUUGACUAUUUCUGUUCCUUUGACCAAAGUGGGGCCCAAUUACUUCUUCUCUGAUGCAGGGGAUGGGGCCCAAUGCUUACAAGGUAUGCGAUUCAAUAUUAAUGUUGGUAAAGGAUCGGGCCUACCGCCAAGCCUUAAUCAGCCACCGUUGCCAGCGUAUACUCCACCGCCAACGGCUGAGCCUCCUCCAGUUUUUCAAGGCAGUCAAGGUGGUCAAGGUGAAAGAAUUCAUAAUGGAGUGGAGAUAUUGGGUGGUGGGGUUUUUGAUGUGGGUGUGGUUUGGGCGGGUCUUAUUAGUUUGGGCUUGGGCUUUAUGUUUUGAAUUAAGAUUAUUAUAGAGUAUUAAUUUAGUUAGAACAUUUUGAGCACAUUUUUCAAGGUCAAUAAUUUUUGGUAUAUCACUUAUUUUAUUGUGUCGGCAUGGACUUGUUAUUGGCUGGAGUGGAAACACUUGUAUACUUUUACAUCUUCUUUAGUUUACUAGUGGUGUCAUGUUACUCCCUCCACACCAAUAUAAAUAUCCCAUUUGCUUGAGUAUGGAUAUUAAGAGUAGUGUGGAAUUCAUUAAAAAAGUGGUAGUUAAAUAAGUAGUGAAGGAUAAUUAGUGAAGGGUAAGUAGUGAAGGGUAGUUGGGUAAGUAAGGUAUAUGGGGGUAUAUUCGUAAUUACUUGUGUGAACUAAGAAUAUUUAGGUAAAAAAAAGAUUGACAAAAAUAGAAAUGUGACAAUUGAUAUGGUUUUGCCAAAUAAGGAAAUGUGACAAUUGAUAUGGUUUUGCCAAAUAAGGAAAUGUGACAAUUAUAUUGGUGUGGAGGGACUAUUAUUUUAUACAUAUUUAUUAACAAAAAUAUGAAUAUAAAUAUUAAAAUGUGAAUGUGUUAUCAUAUCAUAUACAUAUUAUAAUAUAGGAA